AUGGCUCCGGCUGCGUUUUGCAACCUGUUGCCAAGCCACCGAAAAAUGAGCGACGGGGAUAAGGCUCAAGUGAAUAGCAUGAAGCAAUUUGGAAUCCCUACCUCGAAGAUAAUGGCUUACAUGGCAGGCCAAUCGAGUGGCUAUAGCAUGCUUCGGUUUACAAAAAGGGAUUUGUACAACUAUGUUCACAGUCAAUGGCGAGCACGAAUCUUGGAUGGAGAUGCAGCUGCAACUAUAAGCUACUUAGAGGGGAAGGCAAAUGCGGACCUUAUGUCAGUCGCCAGAUACACAACGACUGCAGAUAAUCGGUUGGGUAACUUAUUUUGGGUGGACGGUAUCAUGAAAUCCGAUUAUGAGUUGUUUGGUGAUGUCCUUGCAUUUGACGCGACAUACCGUGGGAAUAAGUACAAGAAAACCUUUUGGAUGUCAUGGGUCAAAGAAGACCGAACCUUAUUGUGA